AUGGAGUUCUGGUCAGUCACAGUCGGCUAUCUUAUCUUAACGCUUUGCUCAGCUAUAAGCCCAAUUACAGCAAAACCCUCGGUGCCUCAACAGCAUGAAUUGUUGGUGGAUUAUCAAAAAUUGCUAAAGGAUAUUUACAAGGAGCGAGAAUAUGAUACCAUUUUGUUGCUACAUGGCAAUGCUACCGAAAACUUAAGCCUACAGCCAUUUCUUCAAUAUCCCAUGCCUAAGUUGGUGCUUCAAGCCACUUCAAAGGCCUUUUGUUAUAAGGAUUUGUUCAAUUCCGAAAUAUUGGUGGUCUUUCUGAUGUCCCAUGAACUAGAUUGGCAGCUGGUACAUAAUGCUGCCACCGUACUGGAUUAUAUGCGUCAAAGCCGGAUACUAGCAAUUGGAGUGAAUAUCAGCGACCAGGAUAAUUUCAAAAAAGAGUUGUUGUCUUUAAGCCAUUUGCAUAAAAUGACAAAUGUUUUUUUGCUAAUAACCAACCAAAAGGAAGCUUCCAGUUUCAUGUUGAAACCCUAUCCGGAAUAUCAUUGGCUGAGUAGGCUUAACAUCCACUCACCGUAUUUUAUGGAGCAAUGGCGUAAUUUCCACAACAAAUCUGUGGUCACCUUUAUUGAGCAGACUCCCACUCGUUCCCUGGUCUUCUAUGAUGCCAAAGGAGAGGUGAAAAUGAGCGGUUAUGUGGCCAAGAUUUUGCUGCUCUUUGUGGAGCGUUUCAAUGGCACCCUGAAAAUGUUUUACACCUUGACGGUGGGCAAUAAGACUCAUUACACUGUGGUCAAUCGCAUGGUCACCGAUAAUCUUCUGGACAUACCCAUGGCCCUGGCUCCCGCCUUUAGUGUGGGUUGGCGAAAUGUCUCUGAUACCUAUGAGCUGAACCGGGGAAGGCUGAUUGUUCCUUUGCCUCAACCUUUGGAAAUUCGGGCGAUAUAUGCAGUUCUUCUCAAUGGUUACUUCUUUGCUGUGGUGAUUAUAACAGCCUUGCUUUUGGCCUCCACUCAUUUGCUGAUAGACUUUGUACACUAUGGCCUGGGUCAAUGGUUGGACUUGAUUAUCAGCAGCAAAAUAUUUCCCGGAGUCUUGGGUCAAUCCUUUUCGGUGAGAACGAAUCCUGUCCUAGGUCUACGAAUGGUCUAUUUCAUGCUGGGAUUUGCUGGACUCUAUAUCAGCACCAUGUUUUCGGCCAAUGUCAGCAAGCUUUUCAUCACCCCCUCAUACCCGGGGCAACUUCACAGUUUUAUGGAUUUGCUGCAUUCACCCUAUAAGUUGCUGCUACCCCAGCCUGACUAUGAGGAGCUCAAGCCUUGGUUAUCGCCCAUACGCCGAGCCAUUAUAGCCUCCCCCAAUAUAUCAUAUGUUAUAGCCAAUCGCAAUAUACUCAACACCACCUAUUGCUAUGCUGCCACCUCGGCGUCCUUUGAUCUGCUGUGGCAGCAACAAAAACAUUUUACUGGCCAAACCUAUUAUGCCCCCGAAAAUAUGAUCCUUUACAGCACCAUGCCUUCGGCUUUUGUUCUGCAAUACAAUUCGCCCUUUAAGGAGCCUCUUAACUACCUCAUACAUCAGGUACGCUCGGUGGGUUUGAUUGAAGCUUGGCAGAAUCGCUUAUUUUGGGAUAUGGUGAGAAUUAAGGAGGUCUCCGUUAAGGCCAAGCAUACCGAAAGUGGUGCCAAGAUUCUCAAAAGUUUGAAUUUUUCAACGCUGCACAAAAACAGCUCAACACGACCUUUAGAUGCUGUCCUGCCCGAAGAAAGAGAGCCACUAGGUCUCGACCACAGAUUAUCAGUAACUCAAGGAGGAGACGACAUCUAUAUGUGCACAAAGAUGGUUACAGCAACUGAUACCACAAAAGCACCAACCAUGCAGCAAGGGCACAAACCAUAUAAAAUUUAA